AUGGACCGAGUGAAGAAUGUGGCCAAGGGAGGUUGGCAUCCAAGUUCAGUACGGUCGGAACACAAGCAUAUCAAUCAAGUGGCGGGAUGGGUAGGUCACGGCAAAGAACAAAACAGUAGCCUCAAAGCAACAGAUCACACCUCUCGCCCUCUCACAUCCCUGAAGGAUCCCGACGCGUUCGGUCCACCUCCUAAGAAUGUCAAUUUCCAUGGUGGGGCAGCAGUCCCUGAUGCUGCCACGCCUGACCGAAGAGGAAUAGGAGCACCAUUGCCCGCAGAAGAGAUACGAGCGAUGGAGGCAGAAGAGCAAAGAUCUGCGCAAGCCGUUCAAAAGCCUGCUCCACCGCCCGUCCCAUAUCGAGCAAACACAACAGGCUUGUCCACUGCAAGUCUUCCCAAGCCUCCGGUACGGCGACUCGAGAAUGGGGAACCAUCCGCUACAGCUAGUCCGACUGCAAAACCAAAACCCUCGCUGCCUCCACGACUACCACCAAGACAGAACUCGCAUCCUACAACAAACGCACCUUCACCUCCGCCAGACUACAAUUCCGCUACGCAACAACCUCCUCCUCAAGACCAGUAUCUCAAUCAAGGAGCUUUGGGACGCCUCGGGAAAGCUGGUGUCUCUGUCCCUGGACUUGGCAUAGGUGGGGGGCGGGGAGGACACGGAGGGCAGGGAAGCUCGCAGGCUUCGAACCCAUGGCGUAACGAAUCCAACUCGAAUACACCCUCUACAUCCAGCCCAACUAUGACUCAAAGCCCGUCAAUAGGUGGACUCAAAUCCCGCUUCGGUGGAUUGACCACCUCUCCUACAUCCUCCCCAUCUGACCAACCGCCGGCAGCCUCCCAAGGUACCUCCUUCGCCCAAAAACAAGCCGCCCUCCACACCGCCUCCCAAUUUCGGAACGAUCCUUCCUCGAUCACUCUCUCGGACGCUCGCAGCUCCGCCGCUACAGCCAACAAUUUCCGCGAACGACAUGGGGAGCAAGUAGCUACGGGCUGGAAAGGGGCGAAUGCUUUGAAUAAGAAGUACGAUGUUGCGAAUCGAGUUAAUGGGAUCGCAGGCCAGAAUGGUAGUGCAUCACCAGUAAGAGAAGAUGGGCCAAUAACGAUGCGGGACAACACUGCGAGUCCGGCUGGAGGAGGAAGUAUGCCAGCUUCUCCGUGGGCGAACGAGCUGAGCCAAAGUGCUUUCAGGAAGCCGCCUCCACCUCCGCCUGUGAGAAGGACCGGGACAGGAAGCAGUGGAACGCCGCCGCCCGUUCCGAUGGGGAGCAAACCUAGGACAUGA